CUUUUCCCCCCACUCGGUGCAAGAACUUUCACCCAAAACAAACACAGUUUUCCUUAAUUUCACUGAUCACCCAUUUCCCAUCAAUAAUCAAAUAUUAAUUUUCGAUCAUCAUUUUAAGGUUUUGGAUUAUACUAAGGAUUAUCCUAAGUGUAAAUGGCAUAUAAAGUGAAUCAUGAAUAUGAUUUCUUAUUUAAGAUUGUAUUGAUCGGGGAUUCGGGUGUGGGAAAAUCCAAUAUUCUUUCAAGAUUUACAAGAAACGAAUUUUGCCUGGAGUCUAAAUCUACCAUUGGUGUUGAAUUUGCAACAAGGACUCUUCAGGUGGAAGGGAAGACAGUUAAGGCACAGAUAUGGGACACGGCCGGUCAAGAGAGGUACCGAGCCAUUACCAGUGCUUACUACAGAGGUGCAGUCGGGGCAUUGUUGGUUUAUGACAUAACUAAAAGGCAAACCUUCGACAAUGUCCUCAGAUGGCUUCGCGAACUUCGAGACCAUGCCGAUUCUAACAUAGUCAUCAUGAUGAUCGGGAACAAAUCCGAUCUCAACCAUCUUCGAUCCGUCUCGACGGAAGAUGCUCAAGGGUUGGCCGAGGGCGAAAGUCUCUCGUUCAUGGAGACCUCGGCUCUGGAAGCAUACAACAUAGAGAAAGCAUUUCAGACAGUUUUAUUGGAUAUUUAUGAGAUAAUACGGAAGAAGGCAUUGGCAGCACAGGAAUCAGGUUCCGCAACCGGUGUUCCUCAAGGCACAACCAUUAAUGUCAACAAUAUGACAGAUAACGGAACCAAGAAAUCUUGUUGUUCAUCCUAGAAAAUUUUUUCUUUCAGACAAGAGGUUUCAGAAAUGUUGCAGUUGUUAGCCAUUUUGUGCAUGCCAAUUUUGG